AAAUCUUUUCUGGGAUGUCCUGCCUCUCUCUCUCUCUCUCUCUUUUUCUGUCCCCCUCUCUCUCUCUCACCCUCUCACAUUGUGUUUACAGCCUUGGAGAGCGCUGCAUAUCUAACAUUUCUCUCUCAAACUCCGACCAGCUCUGUUCUCAUCUGAAAGAGAGAAGAGGAGAGAUCUCUGUUUUUGUUGUGUAACCGACACUGAAACACUUCAGGCUGCCUAAUCUCCAGGGCUCAUCUCUCGACAACCAGCAGCAGUUCCCCUGACUUCACCUCCUAAAACCAGCCUUUACCAGCUCAGUCCGGCUCCACUCAGUCCAAACAGGCCCCGCAGCCUGAACUCUUGUGAACUCCUCACGUAAUCCAGCCUCAUCAAAAUCUAACCAGUCUCCAUGGAGCGUGUUCAGCACAUGACCAAGUCGGCCAUACGCCGAGCGUCUCAGAUCGAGGUGAACCCACAAGCCAAGAGGAAUCUGCAGGAGCUGUUCGUCAACUUCACCCUCAUCCUCAUCUGUCUGCUCCUCAUUUACAUCAUCGUCCUGCUCAGCAGCUGAGGACAGCAGAGACGCACAGAGAGAGUUUGGCGAGGCUGUGCUGUGGACGAGGGUUUGGCUGAGAUAUGGGCAUCACCGAUACAUACAGAUUUCUAAUAAAGCGAUAAUAAUAUACUCCCCAUAUAUCAGCCUGACCCUGUUUGACAGCAACUACGAGGUAGAGUCAUGGAGGUAAAAUGAAUCCAAAAUGAUAAAAGGCCAAACUCUCUCAAAUAGUUUCUAUCAGAGCUGAGCAGGGAUCAGUUUCCCUGCCUCUCCCUCUCUCUCUCUCUCUCAAGGGAAUGAUCAAAAGUGACCCGACUUCAACAGUUUAAACUCCACUGAUAUACUGUGUGUAUGUAUAUCUGCCUGCUGCUCAUUCAGAUAAUACCCUGCUUACAUUACAAUGUGUUGUUUUAAGUUGGUUUAUGAAGGAGACUGGCUCCCUCCAUUCAUACUGUAUGACAAUUUGUAUACUGCUUAAUAGAUGUAAUGUGAAUAAUACUGAAAUAUCAACACAUCACUGUUGUUUAAUUUCCAUUUCCCAUGAGCCCCUGUUGCUUCCUGUAGCCCGCCCUCAGAUAAACAUGCUGGGAAUUCUUUUUUCCAUUCGCAUUUUUUCUGCCAGAGACCACAGACAAGGAAAAAUAUGUUGUAGAGUCUGUGACAUCAGGUUUCUGUAUUUUGAUUGAAAUUGAAAUUCCAAAUUUGGCAAAAGUAUACUGGGACUGGAAAGCAGCAAACACCAGGGCUGAGUGCGAUAAGCUGAGCGACUUUACAUAAACAAGCCACAAGAAAUACUUUUUCUGACUUUGUUGCGAAUUGUCUUUUCAUCUGUACGACAGAAAUGUGAUAUUUAAUAUCUAACACGUCACUGUGUGAAGUUAACCUCACAAGAAGUAGCAGAAGUUUGGUUAGAAACAUCCAAUCACUGGGCUUAAAAUUCUGUCACAUGCUUCGCUAACAGCAACAAAUCUUAAAAUUACACUGUUAAGAAAAUUGCCACUGCGUGUUUGUUUAUAGCCUAACGUUAGCUUUCUACUUCUGGUGAUUGCAUUCACAUUUCAAAAAUGAUAAGAGUGGUGUUCAUCUGUGAAGAUCAUCUUGCUAAACAAAACAUGUACGCAUCAUAAACCUUAUUUACCACAGAGCUUAUUUUCUAUAAUAAUCCAAAAUCAAAUGAAUCAAAAAUACAUCAUUCAAGCAGCCCUCUAUUAGUGCCCCUGACUGGCUUCUUCUUCACAUCAACAUGGGUAUUGUAGUAUUUACAGCCAUCCGUCAUGCCACACUGACAAAUAAAACAUGAUUUCUCUGAAAAUAACAUAAUGUAGGAUUGUUACAUUAUUAAAAUUGAGGAUAUCACUUUUUUAAUAAAAAAUUUGAAAUGGGAAUAUGGAGUUGGGAAAACAUGCAACCCUACUAAAAAAUCAGACUUUGGCUCCCUCGUGUUAAAUUAAAAAAA